AUGGGUCGUUUCCCACGCCCUGUUCUGCUUCUUUUGCCCACAACAGUGUUCAUUCUGGUAUUGCUGAUUGUUGCAGAUGAACGAAGUCUAUGGCUUUGCAGUAGCUGCUGCUAUGCUUCAGACGAAGUUGCCACCGCCCCCUCCGCCGCUGCUACCGAUGGAUCGCAACAGCAUGUCCUGGACGGCGGACCUCGCAACGCCACCAUUGGCAAAGCUACCAUGCUUUACGGCCAGCAGAAUCCUGUGUACGAACGAGCCCUGCAAACGCAUCUACAGCAUGCCGAUAUGCACGGCUAUCCCGUAUUCAUACUCCGGGAGAAGCUGCUCGGUCGCCUUUGGACCAAAGCAGCCUAUGUUCUGUCAAUCAUACUCAAUGAGCUGCAGAAACCGACUGCAGAACGGCUCCAGUGGCUGUUCUGGUUUGAUGCAGACACUGUCCUCUUGAACCCAUACCUGCCGUUGGAGAUGUUUCUGCCGCCUUCGCCAGAGUUCGACCACAUUUCCUUCAUGUGUGGCGUCGACCACAAUGGUCUCAAUGACGGAGCCUUCCUGAUACGGAUCAACGAGUACUCGCUACAUCUCAUGGCGGCUUCGCUCACCGUGGAGAGUUUUAGACCCGAAGUCGAUCUCAAAUACUCCGUCCAGUCCGCGGAAGAACAUAUCAUUAGCUCACACGACAAAAUUAAUCCUCAGCAGAGCAACUUCACCUACAGCGACGGCUACGCAAGGGUCCCACAGAGAUGGUUCAACGCAUAUAUGGGUCCCAGGACUUUUGCAGGGGAGGUCAAAUCCAACAGGCAAAUCACGGGCAACAGCGUCCAUGAGGGAGAUUUGCUCGUGCAUUUUGUUGGCGGUGCGACGCCAGAAGUCAAGGUGAAGCGUAUGAAGAAGUUCCUGGAUGCUUUCAAGACUACGAAAGAGGCCUGGGAAAUUCCCGCAAACGAGACGGGGAUCGAGCGAGAGGUGCAGGAGUUUUGGAGGAUGUUCGGGAAAGGUCCAGGCGAUCAGCAUGGUGGGAGGAUUAAGUCAGAUAAUGAGAGUGAGGAUCUGUAG